GGAUACUAACCGGAGGGCGCGAGGCACUUUGAGUGACUGGCGGGCUCGCGCCGAGCUAACGUUACGCAGCUGUCAGUAACCGAAGCUAAUCGGCUAGCUAGCGUUAGCUGAAGCUACUGGUCUUCUCCGGCCGCUCCGCAUGAGGUUGACUGACGUUGUGCGGAGAGAAACCCGCCCGGUAAGCACCCCCCCGCAGGCACUGAAAUGGACAGAGAGGAAGCGGAGCGGCUCGUGGAGAAGGCGAAGCUGUGUUUACGGUCGGGACGGACGGACCGAGCUCUGCAGCUGCUGUUCGAGGCGCAGAACAUUUAUCCCACCACCCGGGCCAGAGUGCUAAUAGAUUCCAUACAGAAGAAUGGAGGCAGUGCAUCCUCAGAAGCAAACCACGUCCCUCCACCCACGGGCUGGAGAGACGAGGACAUCGGAAACCAGGAGGCGAGGAACGAAACGAGCGACGAAAAGAAGACCUACACCGAAGAGCAGCGCCAGAGUGUUCUCAGGAUAAAGAAUUGCAAGGACUUUUAUGAAAUCCUUGGUGUCACCAAAAAUGCUAGUGAUGAAGAUCUGAAAAAGGCCUACAGGAAGUUGGCGCUGAAGUUUCACCCAGACAAGAACUUUGCCCCAGGAGCCACAGAUGCUUUCAAAGCAAUAGGCAACGCGUAUGCAGUGCUGAGCAACCCAGAGAAGAGGCAGCAGUACGAUCAGUACGGAGAUCAGUGUUCAGCUGCAGCCACACCCCAACACUCCGGCCACGGUCGCUCCGGACACUACCGGAGCUUCUACAGAGACUUCGAGGCCGACAUUUCCCCCGAAGAACUCUUCAACAUUUUCUUCGGAGGCAGGUUUCCCACUGGAAACGUUCACGUGUACACCAACCAGGGAGCCUCAUACUCUCAGUUCUACCAGCCUCGACGUCGACGUGCUUAUGAGAGGCGCGAGGAGGUGGUGGAGGACAACCAGAGUCAGAACACCUUCACAGCUCUCCUGCAGCUCCUCCCUGUGCUGGUGUUGAUCCUCAUAUCAGUAUUUACUCAGAUGAUGGCCACUAACCCCCCCUACAGUCUCUUCUACAAGCCAGCCAUGGGGCUGGUGGUGUCUAGAGAAACGCAACACAUGGGUGUACCGUACUACGUGGAUAAAAGCUUUGAGAAGGAAUACCGUGGAACCGCGCUAGAGGAGUUGGAGAAAACCAUUGAGAGCGACUACAUCGAGCAUCUGCAGAGCAGCUGCUGGAAGGAGAAACAGCAAAAGUCCGACUUGGCGAACCUGGGCCAGCUUUACCGGGAUGAACGGUUAAAGCAGAAGGCUGAGUCGAUGAGGCUGGACAACUGUGAGAAACUGCAUCGACUGGUGGGGCGUCAAAAAGUCAAAUGAGAACUGUUUGGGAGGAGAAGGUGUUUCUUUUGUGUAAUUUACCCAAUCUGGCUACCUUUUUGCUUUUAAAGACAUUUUUGGGGGGUGUACGGUGCAGUCAGUGGUAAAUUAUACCGCAGGAAACCAUGUGCCUUCUCUUGGAUGGUAGGAGACAGAGUUAGCUGCCAGCGCUGGCUGUGGCGCUAGCAGCAUGAAGUGCAAACUCACUGUGCGAUGUGAAGAAUAGCCUCCAAAGUUUCUUAUAGAAAUGGCGUAUCGUAUGCAGGCUCCCUUUGGGGUUACACAGGUGGUUGUAUGUUUCACACAUACACAUGAAGUUCUUAGUUUGUUUCACCUUUGGAUGCUUGUUUUUGUUUGUCUUUGCUGAAAGUUUAGAUAUAUUUAUUUGGUAGUUAAUGGAGUGAAGCUGUUAGUUGAACAUCUUGGCUCUUUUAUUUAUUUGUUUGUUAGGAAACAAGUACAAUGACAUGAUAAAUGUUUAAACAGAUCCGAACACAUCUGAGAUUACCUUUGCCACGGAACAAAUGUUGGAUUAUUUAUCUGCUGUAGAAGAGUCAUUAAAGGUGGUAUCUCUCGGGGCUGUGACUUUUCACUAGCUGUGGACUCAAAAGUGGUGGAAAAUGUGAGGAAAUUGGCUCAUUGUAGUUGCAGUCUAAAUUAAUUCUUUGUGUUUGUGAACAGCAAGCCUCGUUUAGAGUGGCUACUUUGAAAUUGAUUGCCUUUUUUCAUGUGCAAAACUAUUUUAGCCACACAGUUUAUUUUCUGGCCCACGUUGUACCUGCUUUGAACCCACCGUGACGGCCAUCCUAAUUCACCUGAGUGCACUUUUAACAUAAAAUUGCAACAGAGCUUUAGGGCCACGUAAAAAAAAAAAGAGGAAAAA